UUUCCUUCACUUUCAUUACAACACAACACAACACAACCCUUUCUCUUUCUUUCUCUCUCUCUCUCUCUCUCUCUCUAUCGUUCCUGUUUCAGUGCACUUUGCGGCUGCACUUUUACAAAUAAUCAUUCACCCAAUUUUCACUAUUCAUCUGUUCGCUAUGGGAAGAGCACCUUGUUGCAACAAAAAUGGUCUCAAAAAGGGUCCUUGGACACCUGAAGAGGAUCUCAUGCUCACCAACUACAUUCACACUCAUGGACCUGGAAAUUGGCGAACCCUCCCCAAGAAUGCUGGUUUACAACGAUGUGGCAAGAGUUGCCGUCUUCGAUGGACCAAUUACCUGAGACCCGAUAUCAAGAGAGGAAGGUUCUCGUUUGAAGAAGAAGAGACAAUCAUUCAGCUCCACAGUGUCUUGGGAAACAAGUGGUCGGCGAUAGCAGCUAGGUUGCCAGGGAGAACCGACAAUGAAAUAAAGAACUAUUGGAACACCCACAUCAGGAAGAGGUUGCUGCGAAUGGGAAUCGAUCCUGUUACACACGCUCCACGCCUCGAUCUUCUUGACAUGUCCUCGAUUCUGAGGUCAGCAAUCGGCAACGUUAAUCCAUCGUUUCUGAAUCUGCAAGGCUUGUUGAGCGCCCAGGCGUUGAUGAACCCAGAGUUUCUGAAGCUCGCCGCCACUGCAACUUUGUUAUCAUUGAAGAAUGAUCACAAUCAAAACCCGUCAAAUUUAGUCUCACAAGCUCAACAACAAUUGAAUAACGUAGGGAAUUGUCCAGUGCAAAGCCAGAUUUUCCCUAAUCAGUUUCAGACUCCAACUCAAAGCAACAACGUGAACAAUGGGCUUUCAAUGUCCCCAGACAAUUAUCUCGGUGUGCAUAGUUACCUGAACGCUCAACAAAACCAAGUUGAUUUGUUACAGGACCCGGAUUUGGUACAUUUGUUAAACAGUGCAAACCAAAACAUGGGCUAUGAAUCGGUUCUCUCUACGCCUUUGUCUACCCCAACUCCAUUGAAUUCAUCAUCCACUUAUGUGAAUAGCAGCACCGAGGAAGAGAGGGACACGUAUUGCAGCGAUGUAUUCAAGUUAGAAAUUCCGGAGAGUUUGGACAUUAGCGAUUUCUUGUAAAUAUGUGUCAGUUUGUGAUUGCGUUUGUAAACUACUGUUUACUUUGCAUUUAUAUAUUAUUCUUGUCGUUUAAAUCUGUGGGUCAUACAGAAUUUUGUGGUCGAUCGAGUUUAUGUUCAUUAUUUUGU